AUGGAGGAGAAUUUCUACGUCCGGGGCGAUGGGACCAGGGUCUAUUUCUUCGAGGCUGACGAGUUGAGAGCGCUUUGGGCUGGUGGUAACCACGAAAAGGGAGGAGGAGAAGGGAGUGCGGGAGGAGGUGGUGGAGGAGGAGGAGGAGGAGGAGGAGGAGAGGGAGGUGAGAAGGAGGUGAGAUCAUCCCCGGGCUUUGAGAUUCUGGAUCUGGAUGUGGAUCGAAGGUUGAUCGUGAAUCGGCAGAAGAAGAUCAAGAUGUACCGGUGCUGGAUUCAGGGCCGGUUUAGGAAGGGGCUGGAUUCCUCCUCCUCGUCGAUAGAGGUGGUGGAUCAGAUAGAUCAGCAGACUGGUUAA